AUGACUGGGAAGCCAGUACUUCAUUACUUCAAUGGAAGAGGAAGAAUGGAAUCCAUCCGGUGGCUCCUGGCAGCAGCUGGAGUAGAGUUUGAGGAAGAACUUUUUGAAACCCGUGAAGAAUUUGAGAAGUUAAUCCAAGGUGGAACCCUGAUGUAUGAGCAAGUGCCCAUGGUGGAAAUCGAUGGCAUGACUUUGGUGCAGACCAGAGCCAUCUUAAGAUAUGUAGCUGCAAAGUAUGACUUGUAUGGAAGGAACCUGGAAGAACAAGCCUGGAUUGACAUGUACGUAGAGGGCUUAAGGGACCUGAGUGACAUGAUAAUGUACUUUCCACUCUCUCUGCCGGAAGAGAAGGAGAUGAACCUUGAAUACAUCCUCCAACGAGCCACUACAAGAUUCUUCCCUGUUUAUGAGAAGGCCCUAAGAGACCACGGGCAAGAUUUUCUUGUGGGCAAUCGGCUGAGCUGGGCUGAUGUACAGCUCCUUGAAGUCAUCUUAAUGGCCGAAGAAUGCAAAGCCAGUGUUCUCUCGGGCUUCCCACUGCUACAGGACUUCAAGGUGAGGACCAGCCAAAUCCCUACAAUCAACAGGUUCCUUCAACCUGGAAGCCAGAGGAAGCCUCCGCUGGAUGAGCGAUCCAUUGGGACUGUAAAGGACAUAUUCAAAUUUGAACGAGGCAUGUUUCUUAAAAGCAUGAGCACUAUAGUAGCUGAGUAUUAA